GGAAAGAUAAAGGGACAGGGAAAAUAGCAGGCCAUGCCAGACUUCAGACCUCCCUGCUAGAAAAACAAAAACAAAAACCCCAUGUGUCUUCUAUAUCGAGAGGUGACUCAGAGCUCAGCCCUGUAGGAAAUAGUUCUCACCCUCAGAAUGCUUAUAUUUGAAAGGAGAGCAGAACUAAAUUUUAAAAUAAGUGAAAGUAAUUAAUGACAGAUACUGUUUACAACAAGAAGGAUCAAGCGACUUGGGGUUGGACUACUUUAGACUGAAUAGAGUUAGAUUUGAGUGCUAUAACUUCUGAUGUUCUCAGGUCUAAAAGGUACAGUAACACCAAAAGAUUCUUUAAAAAUGCCAAAGAUGCCAUGUUCCAAUUGGAAGAAUACAAGGCACUCGACUAGAGAGAUCUGUAUUCAAAACUGACUUUCCCAAUUACUGUGCCUUUUGUAAGUAACAGUAUCUCCCUUAUGUGUCUUCCUCACACUCUGUCUCUGCCAUUUUUUCCCUUCCAUAUAAAAUGAAUAAAAUGUAUUAUUUACUUUCUGCCUAUGUCUCUAAAACAAUAAAAGCUCCUAUAGCGCAUGGACUCGCCUGGCUUGAUCAUGGUUCUAUGCUCAGCAGGCAGUGCACUGCCUGGCUCAGAGUUGGUACUGUUUUCUGAGAGAAUGAAUGAAACAAAGUCAUUAUCUUCUUUCCAAAGACGGGGACAAUUAUUCCUAUAUCACGUGGCUAUUUUAAAUAAGAAAAUAAAUAUACACGUGAAAGCUCAGCACGUGGAUUUUUGAAAAACAGUGAAGUCUAAUAAGGUAGUAUGCAACUACCAAAUCUUUUGGGGUUUGCAAUGACGACAACUUGGAGUAACAGUUCAUAAAAUGCCUCUCUAGAUCCCUCCCAGCUGAGCUGUAUCAACUCUAGAAGCCAGGAGGGGACUGGGGUCGCUUAUUCCUAAACGCUACCAGCGGGGUCAGCCAGGGACCAGGGUUUCCCGAUUCGCGGCUGCGAAAGGUCACUAAUGGGGUUGUUAUUUCCGGGCCAGGAGCAGGACAAUCCGGGGCGGGGCCUAGAAGCCUGCGGUGAGGGCAGUCUCCGCCACGGCCCCGCCGCCAGGUUGGCGCUGCUACUCACCUGCCAGCCUCGGAGCUGUGCCCUCAGCUCAUGCCCUGAAACCAGCUUCCGACGCCCGGGUCCGAGCGAGGGACGGGAGGAUACCUCAGGCGAAACACCGGUCGCCGCCCGGCCGCCCGUGACGCGCUACGUCUGCGCCGCCGCGCCGCCCCGUGACGUCAUGACGCCCGCACCGUCGCCGCCGCCUCUGUCGCGCGUGUUUCUCUAUAAUCCGGGCUAUAGCUGUGGCUGUUUCUGUGGAUUCUCUCCCAUCAUGGCCUUGGGAGUAUACUGCUUCCGCCGGCUACACCCUGCCUUUUGCACUUACCUUGCUACUUUGACCAGACCUAUUUCAGAAGUUUCCAUGAAACCUGUGCAUGGAAGACAACAUGACCACAGGCAGUACUUAGCCUACCCAGCCGUGCCAGUUCGCCAGUUUGCAACCAAGAAAGCAAAAGCUAAAGGGAAAGGACAGCCCCAGACCAGAGUGAACAUUAACACAGCCUUGGUUGAGGACAUAAUCAACUUGGAAGAGGUGGAUGAAGAAAUGAAAUCUGUGAUGGAAGCACUCAAGGAUAAUUUCAAUAAGACUCUCAACAUAAGGACUGCACCAGGAUCCCUUGAUCAUAUUACUGUGGUAACUGCUGAUGGGAAACUUGCUCUGAAUCACAUUGGCCAGAUCUCCAUGAAGUCACCGCAGUUGAUUUUGGUGAAUAUGGCCAGUUUCCCAGAGUGUACAGCUGCAGCUAUCAAGGCUAUAAGAGAAAGUGGAAUGAAUCUGAACCCAGAAGUGGAAGGGACACUAAUUCGGGUACCUAUUCCUAAAGUAACCAGGGAACACAGAGAAAUGCUGGUAAAACUGGCCAAACAGAACACCAACAAGGCCAAAGAAAAUUUACGGAAGGUUCGCACUAACGCAAUGAAUAAGCUGAAGAAAUCAAAGGACAAAACCUCAGAGGACACCAUCAGGCUCAUAGAGAAACAGAUCAGCCAAAUGGCCGACGCCACAGUUGUGGAGCUUGACAGGCAUCUGGCAGCAAAGACCAAAGAACUCCUUGGAUGAAAGUCAGCAGUCACAUAUUCUGGUCAUCCCUUAGGUGACAUGCUGGUGCCUCCCACUCCCCUGUCCAUCCAUCAGAGGCCCUCACUGCUGUUCCUCCACGGAGGCCCUGCCGACUCACCGAAUCUCUCCUUGUUUCCCUGCAUAGUGUUGUUCUGCUUGGAGUCUCCUGGUGUGACAGCUCAGAGGAUGUCUGCUGUGGCAGUGACCUUGACUCUGCUGUCACCACAGCCUGCUUCCUUUCAGACAGUGAUCGGACCCUGGCUCGUUUCUACCUCAUCUGGACUAAGUGGGCCUUCACCCUGACUGCUGAUGAUCAAACUUAAAUAAAUUGGAAAAUAACUACAGAGGAGAGACAGAGUGGUGUGGGCGGGAGAGCCCCAGAACCUCUUAAGAAAGCAAGCCAGAGCAGUGUCUGGAUUGUCAUCCCACGUGCUGCCCCACGAGGACUGUCCACUGUGGCAUCAGCCUCGCCCUCUGGGCAGUCUCUCUGCCUUCUGAUCUAGACCCCAUUUUGGGCUCACAGGCUCCUUGUAUUAAAUCUCUUUUUCUCCUCUGUUAGUCUGUAUCUUGACAAAAAUAACUGGAGAGAAUGACACCAACUGACGCUUGAA